CUCGGUGAACGAUGCAAUAGGCCGAGUGUGGACGGCUUGCCAUUGCAUCACAGACGCGAAAGCAAUAGGGCCUCAUAUUGCCCGAGCUAUUCGCCGUUGCAUCGUUGACACACUUUACAAUAUCGAGUACAGACACGAUUUUUCGUAAAAUUAUUUACAUUAAUCAGUGAUGUGAGUGUGAAAAUUUAUACAACAUUUUACAAGGGCAGCUCUGCGUGGACUGCCGGUUUGAAUACCAUCUGUGACAAACGUAAACAGCGACUUCAACGAUACAGUUUUUUUUUUUGGUUUGAAGUUCAUCAGGACACGUGAAUAUAAAUGAAACUAUAAAGUGAACGCGGCACUUAAGUUUUGAUCGCCCGUCGCGUAACAAUGCUGGCUGUAGCUUAUAUUUUAUUAUUGACUGUGAUCAUCGCGGUCUUCGUAGGACUAUGGCAGAAAAAUACAAAUGCCCUCUGCAAAUCAAAGAAGAACCUUGAAGGCAAAACAGUUAUCGUCACCGGAGGCACGUCCGGUAUGGGAUUAAGGAUCGCGACGGAUUUCGCAAGUCGAGGUGCGCGUGUCAUAGUCGCCUGCCCUUUUAUCGACGAAGGAACUAAAGGUCGAAGACAGAUUAUCGAACGCACUGGCAAUGAGAAAGUAGUCUUCAAAUUGUUGGACCUCUCUUCACUAUCGUCGAUUCGCAAAUUUGUGGCGGACAUAUUACAGAAUGAACAACGUUUGGAUAUUUUAAUUAACAACGCUGGCAUCGGAGUCGGUUUCGAUUUCUUGACGAAAGAUGGAAUGCACUUCAUAAUGCAAGUAAACUAUUUUGGACAAUUCCUGCUCACUAUACUUCUACUGCCCUUGUUAUUAAAAACGGGAAAGAGCGGAGAACCCGCUAGAAUAGUUAACACAUCGUCUAUUUUACAUAAUAUUGGUGUCGUUAACUUUGAUUAUAUGAACAGCAUCAAAUACUGGAAUGGUAUCCAGCUAUAUGGGAACAGCAAGCUGUGUUUAAUAUUGUUCGCUCGAGAGCUAACAAAGAAAUUAAAUAACGCUAAUGUUGUGAUUAACUGUGUUGAUCCCGGGGCAGUCGGUACGACGAUUUUCAAUUGUAUCGGGAGUUUUUUCGGUACGAUAAUAACAGUUUUCUUCAAGAACUUCUUCAAAACACCGUGGGAGGGGGCGCAAACGGCGAUACACGUAGCGUUGGAUAAGAAAGCUGGUGAGGUGAGCGGGGAGUUUUUUAAGAAUUGCAAACUAUCCCGCGCAAAGAGUUUGGCCUACGAUGAUAAGUUAGCUGAGCAGUUAUGGGAAGAGUCCGUUCGCCUCGUUAGAUUGGGCAAAGAUGAAUUGGAACAGUGUUUCAGGCCUUCGCAAUAACUUAUUAUGAAUGUGGGGCUUACGGUGUGCAGUUUAAAAAAAAUCUUUGUGUGUCAUGAAUUAAUUCAUGUGCGUUUGAGUUCUGGGAAGUUCCUGUGAUUAAUUAUUAUUAUUUAACGAUGGUGAUGUUAUGCUUGCGUUGCUAUGUUUAAUGGUAUUUCUUGUCUUUGAGAUAAUUGACAAACAGAAUAUUAUAAUACAAUAAUAUUUCUAUCAAAUUUAGAUUUUAAAGGAAUAUUACUGUAUGUAAGAUUUAUUAUAAUAAAACAUAUCGAUUUUUAUUGUAAAAGGGUGUUAACUAUAAAUAUGAUAAUAAAAUGCUUGUUUCGAUAUCUCUAUAAUAAAUGAUUCAAGUGAGCGAUUACAAAUUAUGUAUUAUUUAUCAUUACAAAUAUCUAACUAUUAAAUGACUGGUAAGAAAUGUAUAAAUUUCACGCAAUAUAAUUUUGCGAUUAUUUGAAAAUAAAUUACUGUUGUUCCGCUGUUUACUCUUCUAAUCGAAUCGACGUAAUCUAAUCUAAUUAAAUAUUUGAAUGAAAACUUCAAUACGAUGCAAUGUGCUCUAAAAAAUAUAAGUUUGUAUUUAAAAAAAUAAAAUGAAUUAUAGCUGUUUCAUAUGUUGGUAGGUAAGAUCAGGCCAAUUGGCCAAAAAAUGUAUCCAUAUUUGUAACGUUUUUCUUCUUUUUAAAUGUGUUUAUAUCGCUACCUACGUAAUUUGUCAAAAGGUUGAUUAAUAUAAUAUAUUUGUGUGGGUAUUAACUAACUUA